AACUAAAAGAAAUUAUUGAGUCAGCAGAAGCUAAACGACAAGAGAUCAUUAAAUCAGAAAAAUAUUUAUCAGAUGAAAAAAAUUAUAAAAAUCAUCCAGAAACUUUUUAUACAAAUCGACCACUAACUAAACUGAUUAAACAAGCUAACUCACUAAGCAAUCCAUCUUCAACUGAAUCGAAUUGUCAUGACACAUCUAUUGAAAAGAAAAAUAAUAAUGAUAGUGAUAAUGGUAGUGAUAGCGAUAGUGAUAAUGGUAGUAUGCGUUCAUCAAGUGCAUUAUUGAAUGUUUCGUUCGUUAGUAAAGUCGGUAAACAACAGCAACAGCUUUUAGAACAACAGCAACAACUUUUAAAAGAACAACAACAACAACAAGAACAAUUUUUUGAACCACUGUACCAGCAACAACUACAACAACUAAUUUUAUUCUCGGACCAAUGCAAAGAAAAAUUGCAACAACUCUUUGAGCAACAACAACAACUUUUACAACGUCAACAUCAAAAAUCCUCACAACAGCGGCAACUCUUAAAACAACAACUGCAACAAGUUUUAGAGCAACAACUGCAAUCACCUUUACAACAACUGCAACAGCCUAUACAAGAACAAAAUUUACAACAACAACUUCAAGGUAUCUUGAAUUCUCAGAAAGAACUCUUGAAACGACAGAAAGAACCCUUGAAACGACAGAAAGAACUCUUGGAAAUGCUGCAACGUUUAACGCAAAAUCAACGAGAUCAAUUAAAUUGUCAUCAUGGAUCUACACAACAACAGCAAGAGCUUUUACAACACUUUGAACAACGUCAACAACUCAUAGAACAGCAGCAAAAUUUAACUCAACAACAGUGGCAACUCCUAUAUAGUCGGCAACAACAACUAUUAGUGCAAGAACCAAUAAUUUGUCUUAACAUUGGAGAACAUUAUAUAAUUAGUAAAGAAACUUAUGAUAAUAAUAUUUUAAGAAAUCAAGAUCUCAAUUAUCCUCAUGGCACAAAUAAUAACAUGGAGGAAUUGAAAAGCAAAAUCACAGAAUUGGAAAGUAAAAACAAUGAAUCAGAAAAUAAAAACAAUGAAUUGAAAAGUAAAAUCAAAGAAUUGAAAAGUAAAAUCAAAGAAUUGGAAAAUAAAAACAAGGAAUUGAAAAAUAAAAAAAUUGAAUUGAAACAUAAAAACAAUGAAUUGGAAGGCAAAUUCAAGAAUGGUGAGUUGGAAAGUAAAAUCAUCGAGUUGGAAAGUAAAAACAUUGAGUUGGAAAAUGAAAAAAAAGAGUUGGAAGCAAGCCAAAAUAAAUUUAUGUCAAGCUCAAUGGAUAAUAUUGGAUUUGGGGAGUUGAGAAAUAUUUUAUAUGAUAACAAGCUUCAAAACCUUCAUUCACAAAAUAAAAUGCUUGAAAUUGACUGUAAAAAUCUUCAAACAGAAUUGAAUUCAAAAAAUAAAAUCAUUGAUGAUUUGAUAAGAUCUAAUGUUAUCUUAAAGGAAGAAGCUAUCAAAUAUCAAUCAGCUUUAGAUGAUGCAACGAAUUUCCGACUAGGAGUUCAAGAUCCCAAUUAUGCUGAUCAAUUAUCAAAAGACAUGUAUAACUUACAUAUAAAUUUAGAAAGACUUUGUUCAAUGAGAAGAGUUGAAAUUAAUGAAUCGGAGGUAAAAGAACUCUUGAGAAAAUUUGGUUGCUCAAUCACUGGUAAUAUAAAGAUGGCUAAACAUCUGAUUACUGGUGCAUUAGAACGUCUUGUGAUUGAAACCAUUAUCAAAAAAACUAAUGAUUACUUUGAACUUGAAGAGAAUGAUAAAUAUGGCAAACAAGAUGAUGAUAAACAUGAUGAUGAAAAGCAACUACAGACUUUAGAAAUGAAAGUAGUUAAAACAACAGAACAACUGUUGAAGUUAACAGAUUCAAUUUCAAUAAAUCCACAAGAAUCUGUUGCCCAUUGGAAAUUUUUUAUGAAUAAAACAAGCAUCGAUAACACUAUGAUGGAAGGAUCUUGGGACAUAACUGAGCUUGAAGAUUUACAUGUUGAUAUUUGUGCGUUUCCAAUGAUUGUGUCUAAUCUUUGCGAAGCUGACGAUAAAAAUUUGAAAGUAAUCUUUCCAGCUCAAAUUAUCACAG